AGCACAAUACUUUAUUGAGAUAGCCUCGAUUUCUGAUUCACCGAACACAGCCUUCAUGACUAAAAGGCGUGCAGAAGACGCAUUGUUUGGCGGAGUUCCUACUAAGACGUGUUAUGGUUCACUUUGUAGUCUAGACAUGCAACUGAAAGGCAGCGCUACAUCUGGGCCAGUUGAUCCGCCAUCUCUGCAAGCUCUCCUGGGAAGCCGCUGCAGAAAGAGACCCUAUUCCCCUGAAGAGGCAGACGUGCAGGAAUCAGUUCUUAAUCGCAAACCUGCAACGGAUGAUCCAGGCAAUCACGCAUUAAACAGUGCAAUGGCCGACAGUUCUAGUAGCAGCCGAGAUCGGUCGACGUCUCCCACGCGGAACAUCGCCAAGAAACGUGCUCGGGAUGAUGAGGAUGUGCCUCAGAAGACCGUUCCAAAAGUUGCUAAACCAAAUAACGACAAGAACGACGACAGCGAAGACAUCAGUUUUAACUAUUUCCAGUUCUGGAGAACCCCUUUGCCUGCCUUAGAUCUAUCGCUCCUGGAGGAUGAAGACUCCAAAUCAGAGUCCAGGAAAAAUGUGACUGCGAAAGAUGGCAUGGAAACAUGAAUAUCGUCAACACAAAACCGUCGAUACACUAGUCUAUAACAAUGUGAUAAACUGACUUCCCUUCUGUUUCUGCUAAAAAAAAAGUCAUUGACAACAUUCCAUGUGUUGAGGUCGCUUCUGAGGAGGCUGCAUAUUGUUGUUUUGAUUUUGGAAAUAUUCCAGAAUUCUUCUUUGGUUCUUCAUGUAGACCUACAUCUCUUUCAGUCUAGACACAAGUCGAACAUCCUAUUUAUUUUUUUUGACAGUAUUAACAUAAUUCCAGAUAUAAGUCACAAACAACCGACACAGUCAGACAUAGAGAGCGAUGCGGAAACAUAAUGCACCCACUAGACUUGAAAUACAUAAAAAUGCUUGCACUCCAAGCCAAUCAAUUCUGGUUAACUGUUCUCGUCCAUCUUUUGUUGUUUUGAUGUGAUCUCCAAUUCCAUAUUGCUCUUGCAUCAUGAAUGUAGUUUGGCUGUAUUUUGUACAUGUAUUUCAGAUCUGAAAACGUCUUCUUGUCCACCCUUCCCUUUUAAGAUGUAAGCGAAUAAUGCAAACACUUUUUUGAAUUGCAGAGAUAUGAUAGACUUCCAUUGUUUCUUAACCGGCCGUGUUGAAUUCCUUAUGUUGUGUUACUGGUCAUGGUACUGCUCUUCGUAGAACACUGUCAGGACAUUUGUAUAAAGUUUUUACAAUAAACGUUUUUAUCCUCAA